AUGUUCCCGGGAGGCCAUGCCUACCCCACCCAGGUUCAUCAGCACAACCCAGGCCUGUACACUCCCAUGGCUGCUCAGUACAUCCCUCACGGCUAUCAUCAUCAGCAGCAUGACAACAGUCCCAUGUCCCAGGCUUGGACACCCAGUCAUACUACUGGCGAGGUUCCUACCCUCAUCACUCCUCGUCGUGAUUCAGUCUCGUCCAACGAGAACGACGCUCCUGGUACUCCUUCAUACGCCGGCUAUCACACCUUCCAUCAGGUGCCUGGCGUUGCCAUCGUCAACCGCUCCCCCAGUGGCAUGUACACACAGAGCUCGCCUUCGCCCACUCAGGUCCUCGCUCCUUAUGGUAUGCCCUUGUCCAAGAUGGCCGAGAACCGCAGCAUCUCUCCAAGCCUGCACAUGCUCGUCAACAAGGAGCCACCCAUCCCUCAGGCCAUUCCUGCUCCCAGCUCUCCGUUGAAGCCUCUCGACAGAGCUCUUGAAAACAUUCGCGGCGAGACCAACGUCUACAUUCGUGGUCUGCAUCCCGAGACGACCGAUGAGAUGCUUGAAGGCUGGGGCAAGCGCUUCGGCGACAUUCGCAGCUCCAAGUCGAUCAUCGAUCACUCAACCGGUCUUUGCAAAGGCUUUGGCUUCGUGAAGUACCACAACUACGAAGACGCCGAGAACUGUAUCCGCGGCUUCCACUACCUUGGCUACGAAGUUAGCUUUGCCAGAGAAUCUUUCUACUCCAAGCUCAAGACGUUCGCUGAUGAGGGUAACACCAACCUCUACGUUUCCAAUCUGCCCAAGUCUCUGAAUGAGCACGAACUUGCAUCUGUCUUCACUCCUCACAAGGUCUGCUCGGCUCGAAUCCUCAGGGAUAAGAACGGCACCUGUCGCGGAGUCGGCUUUGCUCGUUUCGAAUCCAGAACGGUCUGCGAGGAAGUCAUCAAGAAAUUCAACAACUACAAAGUCAACGUCGGAGGCGAAGAGUACACCAUUCAGAUUCGCUUUGCCGACACCCAGGAGCAGAAGCAGCUCAAGCAGCAGACCGCCGCCGCUCGCCAGUUCCGCUCUGCUGAGUACGAGUACGCCACCCAGGCCCACAAGGCGGGCUACUCUUCCAGUCGUGGCUCCUACGUCUCCAACAACGAGUUCGAGACGUACAUGACGACCAGGUCAGUCCAUCUUCAAACUAUGUUGAGGUUCCCAGCUGACAUGUGUGAUACAGUGUUCCUGUUCAGAACCAGCGCUGGUCCCAGUCUGCUCUCCGCGGCAUUCCUGGCCGCGCACCGCUUGCCGCCCUGA